ACGUGGCUCACUUGUUAACACCGGCCAUCAAAAGUUCGUUUCAUUUCGAAUAAAGUGUUCGUUCACGAAAUCCACUAGUUCAAGAUCGUAUAAAAAUGAGGAGGUUUUACUUGAAAACGGAGAAGGAUCAAAGGGAUGAAGCGCAAAACCAGAGAGGACCAGCUGUGAAGGAUUCUGUGCUGGAAAUGCGGACCAGGAUGAGUCGACUAAUGUCCAUCGUCGAGAUUACUCCGCAGAGCAGACUUCCGAUGGCGGGCCAGGAUCCAAAGAUGCAGAAGGAGGCCGCGGACCAAAACUUCGACUACAUGUUCAAGCUGCUGAUCAUCGGCAACUCGUCCGUCGGCAAAACGUCCUUCCUCUUCCGUUACGCCGAUGAUUCCUUCACCUCGGCCUUCGUAUCGACCGUGGGAAUCGAUUUUAAAGUGAAAACGGUGUUCAGACACGACAAAAGGGUCAAGUUACAGAUCUGGGACACGGCAGGUCAGGAGAGAUACAGAACGAUAACAACGGCCUAUUAUAGAGGGGCGAUGGGUUUCAUUCUAAUGUACGACAUCACAAACGAGGAGUCGUUCAAUUCGGUACAAGACUGGGUCACACAGAUCAAGACUUACUCGUGCGACAACGCCCAAGUAAUCCUAGUCGGCAACAAGUGCGACAUGGAAGAUGAAAGGGUGAUCAGUUUCGAAAGGGGCAAGCAAUUGGCGGACCAACUGGGCGUACAGUUCUUCGAGACAUCCGCUAAAGAGAACAUUAACAUCAAGACGGUAUUCGAGCAACUGGUGGACAUAAUAUGCGACAAAAUGAGCGAGUCCCUGGACAAUGAUCCAACCCUGCUUGCGGGUGGAAUGGGUCAGGCGAAGGGUCAACGACUAACUGAUCAGCCAGCCAACCAAUCAAGCGAUAAUUGUAAUUGCUAAGAACAUGCAAGGCCAUUUAAACGCGAUACAACAAGAAUAAUAAGGAGGAAAAAGAAGAAGAAGAAGAAAACGGAAUAUUAGAUGAAAAACGCGUGUAUGUCUGUACAUGUGUGUAUGAAUGGUUGUGUGUACUCUAUCGUGUGUAUGUACUGGUGUGAGUGGAACAGAGAAAGAGAGAGCGCGAGAGAGAGAGAAAGAGGAGGAGGAGGAAGGUCGAGUGACAAAGUUGGCUCUAGUUCAUCUUGUUCGUCGUUCCUUUACCCCUGUUUUCCGGCCAUUCUUCGUUCUACUCUUUUUCUUUCCUCCUUUCUCGAUCGAUAUAUUUAUAUAUGUGCACAUAAAUUACGUAUAUGUACUACAGGAUGAACCGUGACACGUGACCGAACUGAUCGUUUCUGCCAUUGGUACGACGAUCCUCCAUGCUCUAAUCGUUUAGGUCAACGACAUUUGCAAACUGAUACGAAUUUGAUUUUAUAUUUCUAAUAGACAAGCACCAAGCUACAAGACCACGUCAUGAUUAUCCAGUAGUUAAAGAUCAAUAUAAUUAAUAAAAAAAUCAAUUUGUACUUGUUUUAUGUUGCCCAAAAUGGUCUGGAAGAUCGAAACACUCGUGGUAAAAACAAUCAGACCGACCAAAAUUACGCGAUUCGCCCUGUAUACAUAUAUAUAAAUAUGUAUGAUGGAUGUAGCCUGAUUACGGAGGUGUCAUCGAGCUGAUCCGAGUCCGAUUGCGAGUAGACGUCGUUCAUUUUUUUCGAAGGGGAAAUUUCGGAUGAAUACUGGCGUGAAAAUUAAAUCACGAUGAAGUUUGUCAAUGUUGUGACGUGAACAUCGAAUUGCACGUGUUUGUUACGUUAUAGGGAUUUGAAUUUGCCGCCAUACGCGGCGAGCUGGAGUAGGGGUAGGCUGCCGCUUCCGCGCAUGCGCCAGCGAGCAGGGAAGCCCCGUAGAUCCGGGGUUCACGCGACUUACGACAGAAACCAGACCUGUACGCGUCUGUAUUCGACGGAACUUUCAUUUCUGUCGGGAAAAUAAUUCAUUUAAAAAACUCUCUUCCCCGUCGAAACUGUUUUCGGACGAUGUCGAUCCGAUGCACAACUUUACAUUCGAUUUUCGGAGGUUGGUUCGAAGCUCAGGCACCUGAGACGAUGUUAAUAGAAUUGUCGUGACCAUUGGAGCACAUUGGCGUGGACGUUGAACACACCAAUGGCUAGUGAACCUGGAAAAUUUGGGAAUUCGAUACGAUAACUCUUCCAUCGAGGGUUUCAGUUUGCCAUUUAGGGAAAUUUAGACUUAAGAGAAUUUCCUCGCCUCUAGGGAAUUGGAAAAUUGUUUAGCAAAAUUAACGGGCGAGAAGGUUUCUUUAACAAAUUAUGAGGAGAAAUAAAAUUAAGUAAUGAAAAUUUCAACGAUCACGUGACAAUAAGUGAAAGAUUGUCAGAGAAACGAAACUCGAUGACCCGUUUUCGAAACAAACUUCGAACUCUGCUAAAAAGUAGAAAUUUGAUUGUUCCUGAUCCCCUUUUAAACAUGUUAUCGAUUGAGCGACAAUGCGUCAAUUAAAGCGGGACAAAGGACUUGAAGAACCGACCUAAUUUAUGUUUCCAAGAAUUUCUUUGAUUCCACUUGUGUUGUCCUCAUCGACGAAGUAACGUUUAAAAAUGAAUUCAAAUUUUAAUAAUUUGAAAUUUAAACUUAAUUAAAAAUUGGGUCAAACUUAAGUACUUUAUUGAUGAAUAAUUGACGAGUUUGUAUAGGAGGAUGUUAUUGUUGUUUGUUGGAUUAAAACGAUAAGAGAAUUGAUAUCUGGCGUCAAUUAUUAUCAGUGACGAUCAGCGUCCAUUUUGAUUACUUCAAUGGCCACGUGACGUUAUAAACCUACUAGGCAAGCUGCCCUCUGUACAUAAAGAAAUAUAUUAAAGAAACAAAAAUACCUAUUAUAUAUAUUAUAUAUAUGAAUAUAUAAAUAUAUAAAUAUAUAUAUAUAUUAUUGAAUCUGUAAUGAAGUGUAAUUGUAAGCCGUUAAAUAUUCGUGUGAACUCAGAAAGAUGAAGCAGCCUGCGCCGUGUAAUCGAAGAAUUAAACGAAAAAAAAAAGAAAAAACAAAAGAAACGAAUAAAAAAAAUGAAAACGAGAAAAUAAUCUGUCGAUUGAAGAAUAAUUGUACGAUUGUAUCGAUCAGAUUCAAAUGAAAAAUAAAAUUGUGCUGUUGA